CUCGUCGUCUUUCACAACUCAACCAACCACACAAUGUCUAAGCCUGGCGCGAAGCUCGAGAAGGCCCUCGAAGCCUGGGUGGACAAGCUCCAGACUAUGGAUCACUUCCGCAACACCGAGGUGGUCCGCGAGUUUACUGACGCCCUCGUCUUUGCAAUCCCGUACGACUGGGUGGCCAACGGCUCGCCUGGCCCGCGUUCGGAGCGGGGUGACUACGAACCCAUGUUCACGGUGUUGGCCGACGAGGGCAAGUUCGAGCUGUUGAAGGAUGCCCCGCCAAAGGGGCUUCCUGUUUCCGGGAUCAUGGGCCACGAGGACGACCUCGUCGCCUUCAUCACCUCCAACGACAAGUGGGCCGCGCAGAACCUCGACAAGUGGGAGGCGUUCGGCGGGUCGACCCAGGACGCUAUCGGCUGGAAGGUCGACGCCCUCACGUGGUCGGCGUACCAGGUCGACGGGGACAAGGGCAUCAAGGCGCAGGCAGCAGCGCUUCCCUUGGUGCACAGCAAGGACGACUUCUACGAAAUCUACUACGGCGUGCGCAGGGUUUGGGGUGAGACGGCGAAACGCAAGGCCGAGUUCCUCAAGCCCUUCAAGGGCGACGAGAUCAUCGAGUAUGCCAUCCAAGGCGAGGAGGUCGACCCCGUUCGUCUGCGCAUCAACCUCAAGGACGGCGCAGUCACCUUUAACCCGCCCAAGGACAACAAGGCCACCUACACGUUCUUCACGGACGACGAGACCUUCCACACCGUGCUCAAGUCAGCCCUCCAGACCCGGUCGGACGAAGCGUUCGCCGCCAAGAAGAUCAGCGUCAAGCCUGCGCCGAAGAACAAGGCUGAACGGGGCCACUUGGAGUAUAUUUACAAGCAUCUCGACCUCGAGCUGGGCUUCUACAAGGGGUCUACUUAGGCUGGCGUGUGUCAUGGUCUGUGUCGUCAAAGAAUCGAAAGUAGUCUGCCGUCGUGAACAAUGCCAGAAUGGAAGCUUGAAAUGA